AUUAAAUCAAAAGUUGAGAAUGGACAGAAGAAAGCCAAUGUCUCACAGAAGGGAAGUGUCCCAAGGCAACAAACCAAACUGCUUAAGUAAUGAUUCGCGUAGGCCAACCCACAGAAAAUCAGCUGCCCGUAACUCAAUGAAUUGGCCUACUAGCAGGCAUUGUGCUGAGACUUUUCGGAAAUAAUAACCCUAAGGAAUUGAAUACUCUUAGAACGAGUCGGAAAUAUAGGGUCAAUGCCAUCCCUACUGGGACGAUCAACCUUGGUGCCAAGAUUAGCGGCCUGAAUUUAAAGCCGAAGGUUGUCGCUGAUGCCAAGAUCUUCAAGAUCAAAGAUAAUAGUAAUUCAAGUAUUAGGAAGAGCUAUGAUAACACAAAUAAAAAUUCUUCGUUGAGGAACCUAAACACUAUUAACUCAAAGAAAUCCAUGAGGUCCCAGCACAGAAGGAGGAGAAAGUCCAAGGGUGAUGACUUUUCAAUCCAGGAUAAGAGAAAGCGUGAUUCUAGGCUGUAUAAGAAGGGUUUUGGAGGUCCAGCUAUCAAGCUCAAUUUAAACAACACUGGAGUAUCCUUGAACCCUAAUGCUUUGAAGAACUUUAAGCUACCUAUCUGUGAUAUUCCGUUGAGUAACAAGGCUAAAAUAGUGAAUGAUAGCUUAAUGAAUUCUAUCAAUUAUAAACCGGUUGAGCUAGGCUCUACCAACUUCAACAUCCACAACACUGUUGAGACUGUCAGAGGGACGAGUCGCAAGAACAAGGGUAAGAUCAUGUACUCCUCCAGGAUUAAGGAGGAUUCCAAGAUGAUGAAUAGUGCUAGAGUAGGCAAACAAAUCAGGCUCAAGAAAAACCUUAAAAGAUUUAGCAACAACAAUCGUUACAAAGUGACCCUUCCGAAUGGAGAAGAGGAGUAUAAAGCCAAGAGUCAUUCCAGGAAUCGCUCAAAGCGCAAGGAAGGGAAUGUAAAUACCUCCCUUGUGGUUAACCGAACCAAUGUGAAGAACAACUUCUUUAAGAAUGAUGAAAAGAGCCUUCCUCAAACCAGUAGGGUUCAGGGCCACAGGAAUGGCAAGAGCAAGCUACUGAAUUCUUUAGAGGUCAAACCUUCCACACAAAAGGCUAGCGAAGGCGGGAUGAGGGUCAAGCAAUUUACUACUAAGGAGUCUAGAAAGGAAGUUGAGAUCACUGAUAAUAACUUAACUGAGUCAAAAUCUGAAGCUAAGACAAGUAGGCAGAAGAAGCCGGUUUUGAAGACUAUUGACUCAUCACCAGUGAAGAAAACUAUUAAUAUCAAUGCAACUAAUGACUUGAAGAAGACCUUGCAGCAAUUGAAAUCAUGCAGGUCUCCUAAUUCUACUGCUUUUACUAAUCCUCAAGCUCCAAAAACUGUCCAGUCUGAGAAGCCAGAGUUUCCACUUGGCCCAGGAAAGGCACUGAAAUUAUUCAUGAACAGCAUGAGUGAUUAUGAAAAGGGUGAAAUUCUAGACUAUCGUCAGGUGUAUUUCUUAGGACUUGAGAGCAAGAAAAUUAAAGCUACACCUAAGCUCAAGCCCAACUAUGGAUAUGAUAACGAUAAGGGUGACUAUAAGACCGUAUUACGGGACCAUAUAGCUUACAGGUACGAAGUCCUAGAAUUCCUAGGAAAAGGAAGCUUUGGUCAAGCCCUCAAAUGAUUCGAUCACAAGACUAGUGAAUAUGUAUGCCUGAAAAUCAUCAGGAAUCAGGAGAAAUUCCAAUACCAAGCAAGCGUGGAAGUAAAAGUCCUGCAACACAUCAAGGACUGUGACCCUGAGGACACAACUAACUGUAUUAAGAUGAAAGACUACUUUGUCUUCAGGUCUCAUGUCUGACUUGUAUUUGAACUACUGAGUAUGAACCUUUAUGAGUUCAUCAAAAAUACUGAUUUCAGAGGAGUCUCCAUGGGGCUGAUCCGAAGGUUUGCCAUCCAGCUAUUGCACUCAUUGAAGUUUAUCCAAGAGCAGGAGAUUAUACAUUGAGAUCUGAAGCCGGAGAACAUAUUGCUCAAGACACCUACCAAAUCAGGAAUAAAAAUUAUUGAUUUUGGAAGUAGUUGUUUCAUGGACGAGAUUGUUUACACUUACAUCCAAUCCAGGUUUUAUCGAGCUCCUGAGAUAAUGCUCGGGAUUCCUUAUAAUGCAGCAAUCGAUAUGUGGAGCUUCGGGUGUAUUAUUGCAGAGCUUUACUGAGGCCUCCCACUUUUUCCAGGUGAGAGUGAGAGAGAGCAAAUGAGCUUGCUCAUCGAGAUCCUAGAUGUUCCAAAUGAUGUAGUCAUUGCCAAGUCUCCCUAUAAGCACAAGUUCUUUGAUAAGCAAAAUAAAGCAUACAUUAUGGACGAUAUUAAAGGUGAAAAGAAAAUUCCUGCUUCAAAACCUCUCGCUUUGAUGAUAGAGUGAGAAGAUGAACACUUUUUAGAUUUCGUAGAAAGAUGACUAGAUUGGGACCCAGAGACAAGGAUGACCCCAGAUGAGGCUCUUCGCCAUAUCUGGAUUCUAGAAGGAUUGCCACAGAAUGUCCUCUACCAUCACUGAAAGAUGUAUGAUAUCCCUGAUGAUGUAAUUCCAGACUACCUGCUACAAGAUAGCCCAAAACGGAAGGUGAAGAAGAGGCGGACUAAAAGGUACUCAGCUAAGCACCUUUCAAUGACUGAAAUCUUAUCGAAUUCAUGCUUAUCGGAGAACAAGGUCUCUUUAUAGUCCAACCAAACUCCUAAGAAUUGUCUAUGUUUUCCUAAUAAAGCAAGUUC